AUGUCGACUACCCCCGUGGAUAUAGAAGCAAAGUUUUGUGUUGGUAAUGAAGUUCGCCGUCAGCGUCGUCACCGCAGACGGCGGAGGAGACCCUCUAUGGCAUGCAGUAGCGAGACAACCACAGAUGGAAGCAGCUUUCGCUUUUCCGACACUGACUCGGACGACAACCGCACAUGGCAGUCUUCUGCCGCCGCCGAGGCUGUUGAGCAGCGUGAAAAAUGCAGCUUCUCUAAACGGGCCAAGGGCGUUCGCCGACAAAAAUUCAGUUGUCCGGUGAAUUCAGACUCAGAAGAGAUUGAUCUAGAAUCUGGUGAGUUGGAACUGAAAAUGCAGAACAAUUUAGAGGAAAAAAGAGUGACUCGAGACUGUAGAAUUUGCCAAUUGAGCUCGGAAGAAAAUGUAAAUUGCGAUUUGGGCCGAGGAGUUGAAGAAUUCGAUGAAGUUUUGAUUGAAUUGGGUUGUAACUGUAAAGGUGAUUUGGGAGCUGCUCACAAGAACUGUGCUGAAACCUGGUUCAAGAUCAAGGGAGACACAAUUUGCGAAAUCUGUGGUGCCACUGCACUGAACGUCGUUGGCGAGCAGGCAAUCAACAUAAACAUUGCAACCAAUGCAGCUUCAUUGGAAAUGCCUGUGAUCGUCAUCGAGACUGAAAGCGUCCAGCGUGGUCGUCGGCUUUUAAAUGUUCUACUUGCUUGCAUGGUUCUGGCCUUUAUCAUUUCUUGGCUUUUUCACUUUAAUGUUCUGACGUAA